GGAUAAACCGCUUGGUUAGUUGUGUUACCACAAUGCAUAGAGUUUUCCUUUCCGUGUUAACUCUUUUUGUAUUACAAGCUUCAACUGAAGAUCUACCCUCUUUUAUACACGUGUGUCAGAAAAGCGACCCAAAUUUGGUACAAUGUUUAAUGGCAGCAGUAGAAGACGUGAGACCGUUUUUAGUAGACGGGGUUCCCGAAUACAAUAUUCCUAAGUUAGAGCCACUUAUUUAUGAAAGAUUUCUUCUCUGAGGAAGCAGCAGGGAUGAAAAUCACGGUUUCGAAUGUCAGUGCUUGGGGAUGUUCUGACUAUUUUGUUAGGUCAAUGGACGUUCGUAUAGAUAAUCAUGAGUUCGUUUUAUUUAUUGAAAUUCCUAAAUUAAGAAUUGAAGCUCAUUACAACGUCGAUGGAAAGCUGCUUGUAGUGCCUAUAAAAGGGGAUGGAAACAUAGAGAUAAAUAUCACUGACGUACGUGCUACAGCAGAUCUUAUGGGAGUAGUUUUUGAAAAAGACGCCCAAAAUCAUCUAAGAUUUGAUAAAUUUGAUCUUGACAUUAAGGUAGGAGGAGGAAUGGCUAGAGUAGAAAAUUUGUUUAAUGGAGAUAAAGUGUUGCUGGGAAUGAUCAAUGACGUAGUCAACAAAAAUUUCGAUAUGCUUUUAAAGGAACUCUUACCGAUUAUACAGAGACAACUGGCGGCAGUGUUUAAAGAAGCUGCAAAUGCUAUAGUUGAGAGAUUUACAUAUGAACAACUGUUUCCUUAGGAUCUCAAGCUAAGUUGAAUACUUAAUAUAAACGCCUCUAAUCCAAGACAGUUUUUUAUUUAAAUAAGUUAUAUUAUGUAACUAAGUGAAUGUGCAUAGUGAUAAUAACAAUAAACGUUAUACUUUUAGA